CUCCCUUCAGUCUGAAGGCAGGGCACCGGGGAGGACGGGUCGGAGGGGCCUGCGCAAGGCCGGGCAGAGAGGGAGGGGGGCGAGAGAGAGAAAACCCCUCUUGGUAUAUCACGUAUGGCUCUAUAGGAGAAAUCAUCUCUGGGAAUAUAGUGGAAAGGACGGAGCCGGUGUAAACUGAAGGCGCCCGGGUUUAAUUCACACUUGUGGGUGCCCAGCAUGGAGAUGCAGAGAUGGUCCACAAGGUGGAAAACGAGAAGGUGGCCCUGGGACUCGGCUGUAACCGUGCUCAUCACCCUCGCUAUCCUUCUCCGGGCUGCAGAGGUCAGAGGAGCUGAACCCAUUGAUGUGCUAAAAGCAUUAGAAUUUCACAAUUCACCAGAAGGAGUAUCAAGAACAGCAGGAUUUUGCACGAACAGAAGGGAUUCAAAAGGAUCGGAUGUCGCCUACAGAGUUUCAAAAACUGCACAGCUGAGUGCCCCAACAAAGCAGCUGUACCCAGGUGGAGAUUUUCCAGAAGAUUUUUCAAUAUUAAUGACAGUAAAACCUAAAAAGGGUAUCCAGUCCUUCCUUCUGUCUGUCUACAAUGAACAAGGAAUUCAGCAAGUAGGUGUUGAAGUUGGUAGAUCCCCUGUCUUCCUGUUUGAAGACCAAAAUGGAAAACCUGCCCCAGAAGACUAUCCUCUUUUCAGAACAGUCAACAUUGCUGAUGGCAAGUGGCAUCGAGUAGCUAUUAGCGUGGAGAAAAAAAGUGUUACAAUGAUUGUUGACUGUAACAAAAAAACUACAAAACCACUUGAAAGAAGUGACAAAACAGUUGUGGACACCAAUGGCAUCACUGUCUUUGGAACCAGGAUUCUGGAUGAAGAAGUUUUUGAGGGUGAGAUCCAGCAGCUGUUGAUUAUAGCUGACCCCAGAGCUGCAUAUGACUAUUGUGAGCAUUAUAGCCCAGACUGUGAUUCCCCAGUGCCCAAUGCUGCUCAGGCUCAAGAUCCUCAAGUUGAUGAGUACACACCGGAAGAUUUUAUCGAAUAUGACUAUGAGUAUGGGGAUGCAGAUUAUAAAGAAACUGAUUCUGUAACAGAGGGACCCCCACUGUUCGAAGAGACAGUAGCACAAACAGAGAAAAAGAAAGCCAUGGUCAAAAAGAAGAAGAGGACAGUGGCCGCUAGCUCAAAGGACAAACCCCAAAAGGCCACAACAAAAAAAUCUGAAAACUAUGCAUCCAAGAAGAAGAAAAGUUAUCAAGCAGCAACAAAAGACAAACUAGGGGUAAAGGCAAACGUUGUUGAUGGAUUUCAAGAGUAUAGCAUAGCUGAAAAUGACUAUGGGCCCCAGACAGAAGCUCCCUCCAGAACCACGGAAGCAAAUGAGCAAAAUCCCGCUGAAGAAGUAUUUGCUGAAGAAUACAUAACUGGAGAGGAUUAUGAUAAAAAAACUGAGGAAACUGAAUAUGGAAACAAAGGAGUAGACCUCAGUGAAUCUGAUCUGCUGGUAGAUGGAGAUUUAGGCGAAUAUGAUUUUUAUGAAUAUAAAGAAUAUGAAGAGAAACCAACUGAUUCCACUAAUGAGGAGUUUGGUCCAGGUGUUCCUGCAGAGACCGAUAUCACAGAAACGAGCGUGACUGGACACGGGGCUUAUGGAGAAAAAGGCCAAAAGGGAGAACCAGCUGUGAUUGAACCUGGUAUGCUCAUUGAAGGACCACCGGGACCAAGAGGACCUGCUGGUCUUACAGGUCCCCCAGGUCUACAAGGUCCUGUUGGUCCUCCAGGUGACCCUGGUGAAAGGGGUCCACCUGGUCGCCCUGGUCUCCCUGGUGCUGAUGGUUUAGCAGGUCCCCCAGGUACCAUGUUGAUGUUGCCGUUCCGCUUUGGUGGAGAUGGUGAGAAGGGCCCAACAAUCUCAGCUCAGGAAGCUCAAGCACAAGCUAUUCUUCAGCAAGCUAGGAUUGCUAUGAGAGGUCCACCUGGUCCCAUGGGACUCACUGGAAGACCAGGUCCCGUGGGUGGACCUGGAGCAGCAGGUGCUAAGGGUGAAAGUGGUGAACCAGGUCCCCAGGGUCCUCGUGGUGUUCAAGGUACCCCUGGUCCAAGUGGAAAAGCUGGCAAAAGGGGACGUCCUGGAGCUGAUGGUGCAAGGGGAAUGCCAGGAGAACCUGGUGCAAAGGGUGACAGAGGAUUUGAUGGUCUUCCUGGCCUCCCUGGUGACAAAGGUAACAGGGGAGACCGUGGCCCACAGGGACCACCUGGCUUACCUGGUGAAGAUGGAUCAAGAGGAGAAGAUGGGGAAGUUGGACCAAGAGGUCUCCCAGGUGAAGCUGGUCCGCGGGGAUUACUUGGCCCCAGAGGUACACCUGGUCCCCCUGGACAACCUGGCAUUGCAGGUAUUGAUGGACCUUCAGGCCCAAAAGGAAACAUGGGUCCUCAAGGGGAACCAGGACCUCCUGGUCAGCAAGGAAUCCCAGGCCCACAAGGGCUUCCUGGUCCGCAAGGUCCUAUUGGACCUCCUGGUGAAAAAGGACCUCAAGGCAAGCCCGGCCUUCCUGGCCUUGCUGGUUCUGAUGGGCCUCCUGGUCAUCCUGGCAAAGAGGGUCAGUCUGGAGAUAAAGGUGCAUUGGGGCCUCCAGGUCCUCAGGGUCCCAUUGGCUAUCCAGGUCCUCGUGGUGUAAAGGGAGCUGAUGGUGUCCGUGGUCUCAAGGGAUCCAAAGGUGAAAAGGGUGAAGACGGUUUUCCAGGAUUUAAAGGUGACAUGGGCCUUAAAGGUGACCGGGGAGAAGUUGGUCAGCCAGGUCCACGAGGAGAAGACGGUCCAGAAGGUCCAAAAGGUCGAGCAGGUCCAUCUGGGGACCCAGGUGCUGCUGGUCCAGCUGGGGAAAAGGGUAAGCUUGGUGUACCCGGAUUGCCAGGAUACCCAGGAAGACAAGGUCCAAAGGGCUCAACCGGUUUCCCAGGAUUUCCAGGUGCCAAUGGAGAGAAAGGUGCAAGGGGUUUACAUGGCAAACCAGGCCCCAGAGGACAGCGAGGACCAACAGGUCCAAGAGGCUCAAGAGGUCCCAGAGGUCCCACUGGCAAACCAGGUCCAAAGGGUACUGCAGGCAAUGAUGGUCCUCCUGGCCCACCAGGUGAAAGGGGACCACAAGGGCCUCAGGGACCUGUUGGAUUCCCCGGACCAAAGGGACCUCCAGGGCCACCUGGAAAAGACGGCCUGCCUGGGCACCCAGGGCAGCGGGGUGAGACUGGUUUCCAAGGAAAAACUGGUCCUCCUGGUCCUGGUGGUGUUGUUGGCCCUCAGGGUCCUACUGGGGAGACUGGCCCAAUUGGUGAAAGAGGUCAUCCAGGUCCUCCUGGCCCACCAGGCGAACAAGGCCUCCCAGGUGCUGCAGGAAAAGAAGGUGCUAAGGGUGACCCAGGCCCUCAAGGCAUUCCUGGGAAAGAUGGACCAGCAGGUCUUCGUGGUUUCCCUGGAGAGAGAGGCCUUCCAGGCGCUCAGGGUCCAGCUGGUCUGAAAGGAGGGGAAGGCCCACAAGGCCCACCUGGCCCAGUUGGUUCACCAGGGGAGCGUGGAGCAGCAGGCACUGCUGGCCCAAUUGGUCUACCAGGUCGUCCUGGACCUCAGGGUCCUCCAGGCCCCGCAGGGGAGAAGGGUGCUCCCGGUGAAAAAGGUCCUCAAGGUCCAGCUGGACGUGAUGGAGUACAGGGUCCUGUAGGACUUCCUGGUCCUGCUGGUCCUAGUGGUUCUCCCGGAGAAGAUGGUGACAAGGGUGAAAUUGGUGAACCGGGUCAGAAAGGUAGUAAAGGUGACAAGGGAGAAAACGGUCCUCCGGGUCCACCAGGUCUCCAGGGUCCUGUUGGUGCCCCUGGUAUAGCUGGAGGUGAUGGGGAGCCAGGCCCAAGAGGUCAGCAAGGGAUGUUUGGGCAAAAAGGUGAUGAAGGUCCUCGAGGCUUCCCUGGCCCUCCAGGCCCUAUUGGCUUACAGGGUUUGCCUGGCCCACCAGGUGAAAAGGGUGAAAAUGGUGAUGUGGGUCCAAUGGGUCCACCUGGCCCUCCAGGUCCAAGAGGUCCCCAGGGUCCUAAUGGAGCUGAUGGUCCUCAAGGCCCCCCAGGCUCCAUCGGCUCUGUUGGAGGUGUUGGUGAGAAGGGUGAACCUGGAGAAGCUGGUAACCCUGGACCUCCUGGAGAAUCUGGAACAUCUGGUCCAAAAGGUGAAAGGGGAGAAAAAGGUGAGGCUGGUCCACCUGGAGCAGCUGGACCACCAGGUGCUAAAGGACCUCCAGGUGAUGAUGGGCCUAAGGGUAACCCAGGCCCAGUUGGUUUUCCUGGAGAUCCUGGUCCCCCCGGGGAACCUGGUCCAGCUGGUCAAGAUGGUGUUGGUGGAGAGAAGGGUGAAGAUGGUGAUCCUGGUCAACCUGGUCCACCAGGUCCUUCAGGUGAAGCUGGCCCACCUGGUCCUCCUGGAAAAAGAGGACCUCCUGGAGCAACGGGUGCUGAAGGCAGACAAGGUGAAAAAGGUGCAAAGGGUGAACCUGGUGCAGAAGGGGCUCCUGGAAAAACAGGUCCAGUUGGUCCACAGGGACCUGCAGGAAAACCUGGCCCAGAGGGUCUCCGGGGCAUUCCUGGCCCUGUGGGAGAACAAGGUCUACCUGGAGCGCCAGGUCAGGAUGGCCCUCCUGGGCCUCUGGGUCCACCUGGCUUGCCUGGCCUGAAAGGAGACCCAGGUUCCAAAGGAGAGAAGGGACAUCCUGGUUUGAUUGGCCUGAUUGGACCUCCAGGAGAACAGGGUGAAAAGGGUGAUAGGGGUCUUCCUGGCCCACAGGGAUCUCCUGGAGCCAAGGGUGAUGCAGGAAUUUCUGGUCCUGCUGGUCCACUCGGACCCCCUGGUCCUCCUGGUUUACCUGGUCCCCAAGGUCCAAAAGGUUCCAAAGGAUCCAGCGGUCCUGCUGGUCAAAAGGGUGACAGUGGGUUACCUGGUCCACCUGGUCCUCCAGGUCCUCCGGGUGAGGUAAUCCAGCCGCUGCCAAUCCAGUCACCCAAAAAGACAAGAAGAUCUCCCGAUUACAUGUUAUCUGAUGCUGGUGAUAAUAUUCUGGAUUAUUCCGAUGGCAUGGAAGAGAUCUUUGGUUCAUUGAAUUCACUGAAGCAAGACAUUGAGCAUAUGAAGUAUCCAAUGGGCACUCAGAAUAACCCAGCCCGAACUUGCAAAGACUUGCAACUCUGCCACCCAGACUUCCCAGAUGGGGAAUAUUGGAUUGAUCCUAACCAGGGCUGUUCUGGAGACUCCUUCAAAGUAUACUGCAAUUUCACGGCAGGCGGGGAAACUUGCAUCUACCCAGAUAAGAAAUCUGAAGGAGUUAGAAUUUCAUCAUGGCCAAAGGAGAAUCCAGGAUCUUGGUUUAGUGAAUUUAAGCGAGGCAAACUUCUUUCCUAUUUGGAUGUUGAAGGCAAUUCCAUUAAUAUGGUCCAAAUGACAUUCCUUAAACUACUGAGUGCCUCUGCCAGACAAAAUUUCACUUACAACUGUCAUCAGUCCGUAGCUUGGCAUGAUGCAUCAUCUGACAGCUAUGACAAAGCGCUAAGGUUCUUAGGAUCGAAUGAUGAAGAAAUGUCUUAUGACAACAAUCCUUACAUCAAAGCUCUUCACGACGGCUGUGCAUCACGAAAGGGCUAUGCAAAGACGGUGAUCGAAAUCAACACACCCAAAAUAGACCAAGUGCCUAUAGUUGACGUGAUGAUCAAUGACUUUGGUGAUCAGAACCGGAAGUUUGGAUUUGAGGUCGGUCCUGUCUGCUUCCUCGGUUAA